AACAAAAUAGUUAGACUGCAUUGGAGCCACACAAGAACUAAAGUAUUGACAAUUCGGCACGUUCAGAAAAGGGAGCUUCCCUUCCUGGCCAUGGGCCAUAGCAGAGGAAGAAGAUGUGGCCCAGAAUCGUACCACUUCACCAAACACUUUGCUAAAACCGGGUCAUCAAAUCUAAAAGGAAGUUUCUUGGGAAGAAAAUCCUGCGUCUGGUAGUCUUUCUUUUUCAUCUUUGAACGUCGUUAUCUCUUCAAGCACGGCGAGGAAUUUCUGCUCUGUCGCAUCUUGUACACAUCCUUGUCUUCCAGAUCAUAUUUUGACCAUUUCUCAUUAAAGUAAUGGUACCGAUGACUUGCAAAAGGAGGGGAUUGAAUCCGUUGAAUUGGAUCACCCUCUCCAAUAAUUACUAUUUUGAAUGGUGCAUCAAGCUGUUGACUUCAUGGACUCGCAGCUCCCUUAGAUCAUUUUCUCUCAUCCCGUAUGGCCAUUGCAGAAUUCCGAUCAGCAAUUCAUCAUCAAUGGGUUGCUGCUGGGCGCAUGCUCUGUUUUUCUGUUCCUCUGUUUUUCUGACAAUAACGCAAUCGACGGCGGUAGAUACAUUCAAUUCAUCUCAGCCCAUUGCAGACGGUGACACCAUAGUCUCCGCCGGCGACACAUUUGUGCUGGGAUUUUUCAGUCCACGCAACAGUUCAACGAAUCGUUACUUGGGCAUCUGGUAUCGCAACAUACCUGGCCAAGCAGUGGUUUGGGUUGCGAACAGAGACAACCCGAUCAACGGGUCAACCGGGCUUCUCACGGUUAACAGCCAGGGGAAUCUCGCUCUGGUUUACAAUCUCAACAAUGGGGGUUCAUCAAUCUGGUCUUCCAACUCAUCGAGACCAGCUCGGAACCCAGUCGCGCAGCUUCUGGAUUCGGGCAACUUGGUUGUGAGGGAGGCAGGGGAUGAUGACAACUUCUUAUGGCAGAGCUUCGAUUAUCCGUGUGAUACACUGCUGCCAGGUAUGAAGCUUGGAUUAGACAGAAGAACAGGAUUUGAUCGCUACCUGACAUCUUCCAAGGCAGCUGAUGAUCCUUCCAGCGGUGGUUUCACGUACAGGAUUGACCCCAGAGGGUACCCUGAGAUCAUCCAGCGUGAAGGCUCGACGGAGCGUUAUCGAACAGGACCUUGGAAUGGGUUGAGGUUCAGUGGGACGCCAUACCUGAGGCCAAACCCAAUUUACAUGUUUCAGUUCGUUGUUAGCGAUCAGGAGAUCUAUUACAGCUACCUACUGGACAACACUUCGACCGUGUCGAGGCUGGUGUUGAAUCAGAAUGGGGUGAUUCAGAGGCUGACAUGGUCUGGAGAUACACAAGGCUGGGUGGUUUAUGUCACGGCUCAAAUGGAUUUCUGCGAUCGAUAUGCGCUCUGUGGCGCGUACGGUAGAUGCAACAUUCGAAGCUCCCCUGUUUGCAAUUGCUUGAGAGGGUUUGAGCCUAAGGUUCCUAAUGAGUGGGAAUUGGUGAACUGGUCUAAUGGCUGUGUUAGGCAGACUGCACUGAACUGCUCUGGGGAUGGGUUUGUGAAGUACUCUGGAGUUAAGCUGCCUGAAACGCGUAGAUCGUGGUUCAACGUGAGUAUGAGUCUCGAAGAGUGCAGGGGAAAUUGCUUGAGGAGCUGCAAUUGUACAGCCUAUGCUAAUAUUGAUAUCAGGAAUGGAGGAAGUGGGUGUUUGCUUUGGUUUAGUGAGUUGAUUGAUAUAAGAGAGCUAGAGGACAGUGGACAAGAUAUCUACAUAAGAAUGGCUGCUUCUGAGAUAGAAGCAACUGGGAAUUCAGAGACGAAUUCCAAAUCCAGAACGAGGAAGCAAGUCAUCGUACUGAGCGUUGUGUUAUCAACAGGGCUGCUGCUAAUAUGUCUAGCCUUAGUCUUCUUUCUGCGGCAUUUGAGGCAGAAAAGGCAGAGAGAAACGAGAGGUGAUCCAGAAGACAAUGCAAGGUUCGGUGCAGAAAAGGAUGAUUUGGAACUGCCACUGUUUGAUAUAGCUGCAAUUUCUGUAGCCACAAAUAACUUCUCACUUAGCAAUGUAGUUGGAGAAGGAGGUUUUGGACCUGUCUAUAAGGGAGUACUGAAAGAUGGACAAGAAAUAGCAGUGAAGAGGCUAUCAAAGGAGUCGAAACAAGGACUCGGUGAGUUCAAGAACGAGGCCAAGCACAUUGCCAAACUUCAGCACAGGAAUCUUGUGAAGCUCUUAGGAUGCUGCAUUCAGGAAGAAGAGAUGAUUUUGGUCUACGAGCUUAUGCCUAACAAAAGCUUGGACUACUUCAUUUUCAAUGAAAAUCAGAGCAUGUUACUGGAUUGGCCUACCCGGUACCAGAUCAUCAAUGGGAUUGCUCGCGGAAUCCUGUACCUCCACCAAGAUUCAAGACUCAGAAUAAUCCAUCGGGAUCUAAAAGCCGGCAACAUCCUACUGGAUUUUGAGAUGAACCCCAAAAUUUCAGAUUUCGGAUUGGCAAGAAGCUUUUCAGAGAGUGAUAGCAAAACAAACACCAGGAAGGUGGUUGGCACAUAUGGUUACAUGUCACCGGAGUAUGCAAUCGACGGCAUCUACUCAGUGAAGUCGGAUGUUUUCAGUUUUGGGGUGAUGGUGCUAGAGAUUGUGAGUGGUAAAAGGAACAGAGGUUUCUCUCAUCCAGAUCACCAACUCAACCUUCUUGGCCAUGCAUGGAAGCUAUAUCAGGAAGGAAAGUACGAGGAAGUGAUAGAUGAAGCAGUAAGAAAUUCAUGCGACCUCGAACAAGUGUUCCGGUCAGUCAACAUUGCUCUUCUAUGCAUUCAAAGAAGUCCAGAGGACAGGCCUAACAUGUCAUCUGUGGUUCUUAUGUUGAGCUGUGAAGGCGACUUGCCUCAACCUAAAGAACCAGGGUUCUACGGUGAAAGAGAUUUUGUAGAAGAUAACUUACUGAUUUUAUGACAUUUUGAUGCCAGAGGCUUAGUUCCUCGUUCAUGUCUUUGCAUUUGAUGUAUAGAUCUAUAAAAUAUCUUAACCUCCACUACUGCGUCUUUCUAAGCAAUCAACCCAUCAGGGAAACGAGCAGUCAUAAGUCAUAACCAUUUACCAAUCUUCUCGUUCAGGCAAUUCUUCGAACAGUUAGCGAGCAUGUCACUGCAGACACAAUCAUUUUGCUAAGAUCACUGUUGCAUCGUUUUCAAACCAUGGAUUCUUCGUGGUAGCGCCGCCGCGCCGUAAUCUUCAUCCGGGAAGUAGACGACGGCGUGACGUAGCAGUGGCGCAACAUUGAACUACGUUGAAGUCCUUGACCCGUCUCCUUCCCUCUUCUUCUCCCCUGAAAUCAAUAAAUCAAUCUUCGGAAACCAGAGUCAAAAGUUUCUAGAUCAACAGGGUCCCAUCAGUAAUGUAAUUUAUUCAUGGCAACGACUAUUAGACAUUCUUCUCCUCCCCUCGAUCCUUCCCACCAAAUCCAUCCACUCCCCUGUUUCUCCUUCAAUGAUGCGGGCAAACAACGAAAGUAUGAAGCUUUCGACUUGAUCAUCUUCCCCAUCCAUGAAAGGCUCCGACUUUCUCCUUUUCCUUGUUGCCCUUCUCCUCCUCCCGUUCUUCUCACCUUCCACUCUCGCCGCCGACACUUUGGCCAUCAACCAAUCCAUCGCCGACAACCAGAGCCAGACCCUCGUCUCCGCUGGCGGCAGCUUCGAGCUCGGUUUCUUCACCCCUAGCUCACCAUCAUCAACGAAUCUCCGCUACCUCGGAAUCUGGUACAAUUUCUCCAAGCAAUCCGUCGUCUGGGUCGCCAACCGAAAUUCCCCUCUCACCGAUUCCUCCGGCGUCCUCCAACUCGCCGCCGACGGUACCCUCCGUCUCCUCAACUCCUCAACCACAGUCGUUUGGUCUACCAAUAGCACAAAACCACCCAACCCGGGUCGAAAUCCGCUCGCCCAGCUUCUCGACUCCGGAAACCUAGUUGUCAGAGAAUCCAACUCCAACUCCGGCGAUUACCUCUGGCAGAGCUUCGACUACUUGAGCGACACGAUCCUCCCAGGACUCGAAUUCGGGCACAACCGAGAAACCGGCCGGGACCGGUACCUCACCUCAUGGAAAUCCCCCGGCGACCCGUCUCCCGGCGACUGCACGACCCGGCUCGAACCCGACGGGUACCCGCAAAUCUUCAUCCGGAAAGCCCAGACCAUCGUGUUCCGGUCCGGCCCAUGGAACGGGCUCCGAUUCAGCGGGAUGCCCAACUUGAGGCCCAACCCAAUCUACACCUACGAGUUCGUCUACAACUCCGAUCAAAUCUUCUACCGCUUCGAUCUCGCCGACAAAUCGGUGAUUUCCCGCAUGGUGCUGGACAACGAAGGGAUUCUGCAGCGAUUCACUUGGACCGCCAGUAGCCGGACAUGGAACCUCUAUCUGACGGCCCAGAUGGACAAUUGUGACCGGUACGGGCUCUGCGGCCCGUACGGGAGCUGCAACAUCAACAAUUCGCCGCCAUGCGGUUGCCUGAUCGGGUUCGAGCCGAGGUCGCGGCGGGAUUGGGAUUCAGGGGACUGGGCCGGCGGGUGCGUGAGGCGGAAUGAUUCGGUUUGUGGUGUCGGCGAAGGGUUUCAGAGGAUUGUGAGUGUGAAGCUGCCUGAUACGAACACGUCGUCGUACAAUUCGAGUAUGGAUUUGGGGGAAUGCGAGGCGACUUGUUUGAGGGAUUGCUCGUGUACGGCUUACUCUGCACUGAAUGUCAGUGAUGGAAGUGGGUGCUUGCUUUGGUUUGGUGAUCUUGUUGAUGUUAGACACUAUACGGAGGAUGGUCAGGAUUUCUUCAUCCGGCUUGCAGCUUCUGAUUUGGUGUCAAGUGGCGGCUCAAAGAGAAAGACCAGAUUAUGGAUCAUAGCUGUGUGUCUACUGGCGGCAGGGAUUGGGGUUCUUGGCCUCUUCUUGAUCUUGCGUUUCAGAAGGAAAAGGCUUAAGAGACAAGCAAGCAUCGUGACGACACAAGCAAGAGACCUCACGGUGGAUGUAUCUCGAGAGCACGAUCUCGAGCUGCCCUUGUUUGAUUUCUCGACGAUAGCCACUGCCACUGACCUUUUCUCUGAAAGCAGAAAGCUUGGAGAAGGUGGAUUUGGACCAGUGUACAAGGGUGUGUUUAAAGAUGGACAAGAGAUGGCGGUGAAGAGGCUAUCGAAGGAUUCCACACAAGGACUCGAUGAGUUCAAGAACGAAGUCAAAACCAUUGCAAAACUCCAACACCGAAACCUCGUGAAGCUCUUGGGCUGUUGCAUUGAGAAAGAAGAGAAGGUUUUGAUCUAUGAAUACAUGCCCAACAAAGGCUUGGAUGCCUUCAUUUUUGAUCAAAAGCAGAGGAAGCUACUGGAUUGGCCGAUGCGAUUCCAAAUCAUAAACGGUAUUGCUCGGGGUUUGCUGUAUCUGCAUCAAGAUUCCAGGCUGAGAAUCAUUCACAGAGACCUUAAGGCGAGCAAUGUACUGUUGGAUUAUAACAUGAACCCCAAAAUCUCAGAUUUCGGCAUGGCCAGGAUCUUCGGUGGUAAUCAAACCCAAGGAAACACGAGAAGGGUGGUUGGAACAUAUGGAUACAUGUCUCCGGAGUACGCCAUCGAUGGACAGUUCUCGAUUAAAUCAGACGUGUUCAGCUACGGAGUCCUGGUACUGGAGAUCAUAUGUGGGAAGAGAAACAGAGGGUUUUAUCACGAGGAUCACAACCACAACCUUCUAGGCCAUGCGUGGAGGCUUUACAAAGAAGGGAAGCCUGAAGAAGUGAUGGAUGAAACUGUAAAGGAUUCAUCGUGGGUGCUAUCAGAAGUAGUGAGGUGUAUCCACGUCGCUUUGCUGUGUGUUCAGCAAGGUCCUGAAGACAGGCCUAACAUGUCGAAUGUGGUCUUGAUGUUGAGCAGCGAUAUUCUGCUGCCUGAACCAACAGAGCCUGGGUUUUUCACAGAAAGGAAAGUGUUUGAGCAAGAAUCUUCUACCAAUGAGAUCACCAUUACAUUAUUGACUGCUCGAUAGGAAGCCCCUCCUCAUUCUGUCUUGAGAUUUUACUAUGGUCCGACGAUUCUGUUGGCGUUCGCCCUACGUUCGUCCCCUGCAAAGCUCCUGGCCAUGCCAAAGUCUGAUAUUUUGGGGUUCAUCUCGUGAUCAAGCAACAGCGUUGCUAGCUCUCAGAUCUCUGUGUAUGAUUCUCAGCCUCAGAAUUCUGAUGAAGGUAGAGAAGCACCCUCGCAAUCCCGUUGAUGAUGUGGAGUCGCUUAGUUUAGUCCAGUAACGCGCUUUGCCCUCUAUCUGCCGGACAAAGUCGUUGAAAUCAACCAAAGUCAAUCACAUUACGUGAAAGCCAAGUCAAUGUAAUAUCUAAUUGCUAAUUGACCGGUUGACUUUAUCAGGAAAUACAAUUUGGCCUCAUUUGUUGACACAGACAAUGAAGGAGCGAUUUUGCUUCUGUUUAUAUGUAGAAGACAAUAUUUUGUUUGUACACCUUUUCUUGUUUCCGUUUCAU